AUGAUCAUCCCACCAACAUUCGAAAGUUAUAUCUUGGCUUUCCUGCCAUAUGACGAGCCUGAUUGUGUGAUACUCCAGAAUAUUUUGGACAUCAAAUACGAUUUGAAAACUUUGGACUGGGAAAGUGGAAUUCCAGGGAACGUCUACUCAAUUCUCGACUCCAUCGUCGAGGAACUGGAGAUAAAAAUUCUGAAGACGGAUUACCCUACUCGUGACUGGCGUAGAAUGCUCAUGGCGUUCGGCCAGAGACUUUUCGAGUUUCGAGAAAACGAACCUCUACUCCCGAUUUUCGACAAAGUCCUCAAAAAGCCGGCCAGGAGCAUGAGAAAAAUCGCAUUUUCGAAUGUUUGA